AUAUCAUGUGAUCGGCUGUCGAGUUUGUUAUCUUCAGACACUGUUGAAGGGACUUUCCUGUCAAGUUUCCGCUUGUCAACGAGCAGAAAGUCUAUACAUUACAGCUGGGAAGACGUCAACUGUACCAGGACAAAUGGAGAAACGCUACGACCCCGAAGAUCGCACUCUGAAAUUUGUGAAAAGUAAAGAUGAAAUCACAGGAGAUGACGAUCCCAACAUUUUGCGAGCUGAAAUGUCCUGCAAGCAUGCAGUGGACCCAAACUCACUGACCCAGUGGUGUCGCAGUCUCCUGGAUCGGGGUCAGUACAAGUUUUACUGCCCAGCGCUGAAAAAUGGAACGACAGAGAACUGUGGACAGGAGUGGUCCUAUCAUGAAGUUCGCAAACUGGCAGUGCUGACCAGUGAGGAGCAGCGACAUUUUGAGGAAACAGUCGCUGUGCUGGCUGCUGCUGAGUAUUGCGAAUAUAAAUCAUGUCCUGGUUGUCAAACAUUUGUUGAACGCACAGAUCUGAGUAACCUGAGUGUCCACUGCACCAUCUGUACAGCAGAGAAAGGCCAUGUUUAUGAGUUCUGCUGGCAGUGCCUGAAGCAGUGGAAGGGACCGGGCCCACGAUCUGAUCGAUGCAGCAACGAAGGCUGCACCAACAUGGAAUUGGAAAUCCUGCGCACUUGUCCAUUAGUCAGCCUCAUAGAGACUGUGGUGAAGAAGUGCCCUUCUAUUCGAGCCUGUCCGACGUGUGGCAAGCUGCUUGAACACAACCAGAGGGGAUGUAAAAAUAUUAUCUGUUGUAGGUGUCAUGUUGAAUUUUGCUUUGCCUGUCUCGAGCUGACUCCCAUAUGCCAGGCAAAGAGACCUGAGUCGUGGUUUGAUGUCUGUGCCAAAGGCAUUAGUCCAAGGCAAACUGCAAUCCCAACAUGGCAUAGACAUGACUAAAUACAUUACACAAAGAACAUGGCACCAAAUGCAACCUUAUUACGAUGGCGCUCAGCUUUACCUUACUAACAUUCCUCCAAGCCUUCCCCUGACAUUUACAUUUCUGGACUUUGUGUCUGACUUUCUCAUCUGAAUAUUCAUUCACCGUUGGAAAACUGAAGCAACCAUCCUCAAGCCAGCACAAACAUUGCUUCCUGCUGUAUCCAAGCUUCCCUCUGACAUGUUCUGAACAUGACCAUUUGCAGCCAUACUGCCUUACCUGACUUGAAUUGAGCUUCAGAUUUCAUAUCUGUGCCAUCAGACAGGCCACCUAAUUUCAUCGUGGUUAUAGUGACACAGUUCUGCCUCUUCAGUUAUCUGUGUCUUCGUGAUGCCUAGAUUUCACUAUUCUAGUGCAUACUGUAAACAGGUAGUCAAUGAAGCUCGACUGCCUAUGCCCAAACUUGCACUGACCACACCUCAAUUAGGUACAUUGCAAUUAAGCAUUACUUUGAUUCCUGAUCUUGUCCUCUUUUUGUAACCUCCCCCCUCAACCCACAACCAGGAAUCUACAACCUUUAGUGAUGUCCACACCCCUUCAAGGCUCGUGCAGUGCUGAUUUCAUCAUUGCUUAUAUUGCCUGGACCUUAAAUACUGCAAUCCCCUUCUUAAUUAUCCUAAUCCCUCUACCAUUAACAGUGAUCAUAAUUCAAUAGGUAUCUUAAUAUUCAACAGAGAUUGUCAUAAACAAUGUUGUAUAAGUGUAAACCUUUUUAACUUUGUAUCGCUAGUAUUCUUCUGCACAGUAAGAUCAGGUUCACAG